AUGUCGGGGGACGGAGCUAAGGGACAAAGUGGCCCGAGCUCCAGCGAGGCAAGCAACAGACCCAAGCUCAGCGUCAACGUCAGCCUCUCAGCCUGGCUACGCCUGGUGCGUCUACAAUCAGCUUCACGAACGAAACCAUCAACCCAAACGCCCAAAUCCACCACAAUCAAUUCCAAACAAUCAUCGGCAUCGAUCUCUGAUAAUACAGAGAUACAUACUACUGAUCCACCUGAGCCCGUAAUACACAAUAGGGACAGCGACACCACGCUUCCCUUGCAGCCAUCCGGCCCGGCGUCGCAAACGACACCUCCCAAAACACCCACUCUCACUACAACACAGAGCGCCAGCACCAUGGCUGAACGAACGCUGCAACAGGUCAUUACCCAGCUGCGGGGAAACCCUUCGUACGAGCAGGCCUCACCUCUUCUCUCCAAAGCCAAGUUGUCAUUACUGCAGCUCAAGGCCCUUACGCCAACCCCGUCGACCCCCUCCAACCUGCUCGCCAUUGCCCGGGAAGUCUACGAGCUCGGCGCCAUCACAUCCAUUCGUGCCCGGAAUCCCGAUGCCUUCAAGCGCUACGUACAGCAGCUACAGCCCUUUUACGAGCUUCCGUCUAGCCAACUCAAGCCCAACCCCGAGGCACGGAACAAGGUCACGGGACUCUAUCUCUUGUUGCUCCUGACCGAGGGCAGAUAUGACAUCUUUCACAGCGAGCUAGAGAGCUUGAGCAUGCGCGUGGGAAAUGGAGGUUUUGAAUCAAUUGAGGCAGACCGCUACCUGGGCUACCCGAUCAAAUUGGAGAGGUGGUUGAUGGAGGGUAGCUACGACAGGGUGUGGAAGGCCAUGAAGAAGGGCGAGGUUCCCAGCGAGGAGUUUGGUAUCUUCUCUCAGAUUCUCACAUCACAAAUCCGCUCCGAGAUUGCUUCGUCUUCCGAGCGAGCAUAUCCUUCUUUGCCGCUUAGUAGCACAAAGUCGCUUCUGUUCCUUGAUUCGGAAGGCGCCGUGGUCGAGUUCGCCCGCCAGCGUGGAUGGGUAAUUCGUGAGGGUCAAAUCUACUUCCCGGCGGCCGACGACGAGGAUGCCGAGGAGAAGGACAUGUCGCAGAUGGUGAUUGAGAACACUCUCGGCUACGCUAGGGAAUUGGAGACAAUUGUGUAG